AUGGAGCUCACGGAAAUCUCGGUCACAGCCGGUUGGGCCUAUAUCGAGUUAUCAAGGUAUGCGUUGAAGACCCUGCGUUCCGAUGCUGGAGGUCAUCAGGGUGUCUCAAAUUAUACAUUCUACUCUGCUUGUUCCCGCUCGAAGCUCGAAUUUUCUGUACUUAAAGAACUGCCGGAUAUACAUGUCUUAGCCCAAACUAAGAGAAACCUGCUCAAGAAGGUUCAGCUGACCUCGUCUCUCCCUCCAUCCUAUCGCAGUAUUGACACCUUCGGUACAAGCAGUGCUGAUCCUGGAUAUACGAUGUCGACUAAAUCCUAUGCCACAUUGCUCUUCGCUUUCGUCAUCUUCUAUGACAACCUUGAAAGACCAACACCAACCCGCAGCUUGAGUCCCCCUCCACAAUUGGAUACUAUGCGCUGGUCCACCAAGCUUCACAAUACCUUGGAACGCAUUAAAUUUGGUAUCAGAGGCACCACUCUCCCCAGCGGCAUGCUUCCGUACGAAAUAUGGCUCUUAAUCGUCGAUGCCGUGGUUGACGACUUGGAAUCGACAGUCGAGCCAUUAACAUGGGUAUUGACCGGAUAUGAGUCCGAAAAGGUGACCGAUGAGAAUCGCUGUCUCAUGCUCGAUCAAAGCAAACCCCCCUGGUCUCACAGAAUCGAGCACUUCUUGAUUGACGACGCCAGAAACUGGGAAAAGAGCAAAAUCAAGCAUCGACAAGAUGCCAUGGAAGUCCUGUAUAACUUUACACUGGUCAACCGCAGAACUCGAGAAAUCAUCAACAGACGGCUACCACGAUGCACCUUUCUCCAUAGGAAUUGGUUCGAGCGUGGUAGGCCACUGGAGAAGCCUUCGACCUCAAUACGAAUCGUCCCGAGCAUCGAUCAGUUUCCUUACUUUGUCAGACGUCCUGCUCCGCACUCUCACAUGAAGUGUUACAGGGCUGUUUUCGGUCCUUGGGAAUACCACGGCUGCGUGGAACCUUUCUCUCAUGUUCAGACGGUAUUGCUUUCGGCGAUUCUGCUCAGGCCCGGCUGGGUUUACCAUCUCAAACACCAUUUCCAGUACUUGCAGAAAAUGCCUAGUUUGAGGAGUGUAGAGUUCAGAGCCAAACGACCGUACAGGGAAGCGGACGAAACUACUUACUAUACAGUAGAGGACAGUCUUCUCACUUUUCUGCCUGGGGAUGAGAAUUUGGACAUGGACGAGAUUAUUUCGAUGUGGAGGUCACUCAAAGACAGAGGGGUCAGGUUCACUGCGAGCCAUUCCAAGGCUUUGGUCGAGUUUACCUGA